CAGCCAGCCCAAUUACAGCGAUAUGUUGUUGUUCGAGUUCAUCAGCCGCAGUUUCUCUUAAAUAUGUGAAGCAAAUGUCGAAAGUGUCUUAAACCACCAUCAACCUCACCCUCCCAUGUCUUCUUGAUCCAGGGGUAAUCCUCCCUCAAAAUGACACCCGAAAGAUUCAACAUCCCCCGAGCCUUCAACUGGAUCCUCCCAGCCCAAGUCUUGCUAGCCGCAGUAGCCAUCUACUCCUCCACUUACGUCUUCAACCUAGCCACAAUCACAACAAUCCUCACCAUCAUCGCCACCAGCAUCCACCUCCUCCUAGCCCUCUCCCUCUGCCUCAUACAUUCCAUCCCAACCCGAAACACCCACCAAAUAUUCAUCACCCCCAUCCUCCUCCUCCUCCUCCUCCUCCUCCUCCUCGGCACCGGCCUCUGGGCCGCCAGCCUCUGCUAUCACGCCAAACAAGUCGACCUCCUCCUCACCUACCCACUCCUCUCCCAAACCACCACCCAACCCCUCACCCCAACCUGGUCCAAAAUCGGCCUCGCAACCACCGCCCUAAACCUCUUUCUCGAUCUCGCCCUCCUCCUACUCACCCUCUCCACCAUCAUCGACCAAAACCCAUCACCACCACCACCACCCUUACCAACAACCAUCAGUUACCCCCAACAACAGUCCCAUUACACCACCCACCACCAAUUCACCACACCAACCUCCCCUAUCCCUCCCGUCCCCCCUAUCCCAAGCACCUACUACUCCCCCGCCAUCCCCGAAUCACGCAUUUAAAGAUAGCUACCAUUCCUCUCAAGAAAAUAAGUACUCCUCUCAAAAUGAUAUACACGCCUUUCAACAUAGCCAACACGCCCUUAUGCCUAAAGAUAAUCAGCACCCCUUCAAAACCCACCAACCCAUCCAAUACCUCUAAAACAAAACCAUACAAAUAACACAAGUACGCAUCAUACACAUCAUGCAC